AUCCCCCACCUCGGGAUCUGACAAGAUGGCCGGGCUGCCCCGCAGGAUUAUCAAGGAAACCCAACGUUUGCUGGCAGAACCAGUUCCGGGCAUUAAAGCAGAACCAGAUGAGAGUAACGCCCGUUAUUUUCAUGUGGUCAUUGCUGGCCCCCAGGAUUCCCCCUUUGAGGGAGGGACUUUUAAACUUGAACUAUUUCUUCCAGAAGAAUACCCGAUGGCAGCACCUAAAGUACGUUUCAUGACCAAAAUUUAUCAUCCUAAUGUAGACAAGUUGGGAAGAAUAUGUUUAGAUAUUUUGAAAGAUAAGUGGUCUCCAGCACUGCAGAUCCGCACAGUUCUGCUAUCCAUCCAGGCUUUGUUAAGUGCUCCCAAUCCAGACGAUCCGUUAGCAAAUGAUGUAGCGGAGCAGUGGAAGACCAAUGAAGCCCAAGCCAUAGAAACAGCUAGAGCAUGGACUAGGCUAUAUGCCAUGAAUAAUAUUUAAAUCGAUCUGAUCAUCAAGUGUGCAUCACUUCUCCUGUUCUGCCAAGACUUCUUCCUUUUUUGUUUGCAUUUAAUGGACACAGUCUUAGAAACAUUACAGAAUAAAAGCCCAACAUCUUCAGUCCUUUGGUGAUUAAAUGCACAUUAGCAAAUCUAUGUCUUGUCCUGAUUCACUGUUACAAAGCAUGAGCAGAGGCUAGAAGUAUCAUCUGGAUUGUUGCGAAACGUUUAAAAGCAGUGGCCCCUCUGCUUUUAUUCAUUUCCCCCAUCAUGAUUUAAGUAUAAAGCACUGUGAAUGAAGGUAGUAGUCAGGGUUAGCUGCAGGGGAAUGGGUAUUUUUCUUUAUUUUAUUUUUUUCAUGGGGGGGGGUAGUUUUAAUUUUAUGGGCUCCUUUCCCCCUUUUUAUGGUGAUUUAAUUGCAUUGGUUAAAAGCAGCUAACCAGUUCUUUAGAAUACGCUCUCUAGCCAAGUCUAACUUUAUUUAGACGCUGUAGAUGGACAAGCUUGAUUGUUUGAACCAAAAUGGGAACAUUAAAUAAAUAUUGCGGCCCUCACUAAUAACAUUGUGACUUUGCUGUCAAAUGUAGAAUUCUC